AUCUCGGAUUUACUACAUGCUUUAAUUUCAUGUGAAGUUUGUUUAUACGACACCGAGUACAUUUUAUUGAAGCUAGAGCUAGGCUAGUAUCAAUAUGCGCACUUCUAGAGCUUCUAAAGAAACUGCCAAGGUGCUGCAGGCUUUGUCGCCUCCUGCUCGACGAACAACUCGCAGUUCUGCUCAGGCUGCUAGUCGCCUUCAGGGCUUUGCUUUUGGGGGUGCUACUGCCCCGGAUGUAUCUGUCAGUGAUGAUGAUACUUCGUCGCUCUCGUCUGUGCCGACGGUUGAUAUCGAGGAUAUCAUGGAGCCGCCGGCCAAGCGUCGCAAGAGUGCGUUGAGCGCCACGUCUACCAGGGCGAAUGCGCGCUCUAGCCGGAGGAUUGUCAAGACGGAGACUUCAGUCAAAGAAGAGAUUUCUGUAAAGGAAGAGACUAUUGUCAAAACAGAGACUGCUGUCGAAGAAGCACCUGUCAAGAAAGAGCCCGCUGAGAAGCCCUCAAAAGCACGACGGACACCCGCACGCAAGAUCAAAACCGAGAGUGGCGCCUACGCCAUGCAGCCCCCCUCCAACUGGGAGACUAUGUAUGACAUGGUCAAGAAGAUGCGAGAGGCAAAUCCCACCGCACCCGUUGAUACCAUGGGAUGUGCCGAGCUCUACUGGCGUGCGUCCUCUCCGCGCGAUCGCCGGUUCCAGACGCUCGUUGCACUGAUGCUGUCAUCCCAAACCAAAGACACGGUCACGGCGGUAGCCAUGCAGCGGUUGCACACGGAGCUUGGAGACCAGUCGACGAGCAUUGUGAAGAAAGAGCCUGAAGAGUAUGACUGGAAGCCCACAGACCAGGUCAAGGACAGCACUCUGAAUCUGGAGAACAUCCUAGCCGUCACUCCUGAGCGCCUCAACGAGCUCAUCGCCAAGGUGGGCUUUCACAACAACAAAACCAAGUAUAUCAAGGCCGCAGCCAAUAUCCUCCGCGAUCAAUACGACUCUGAUAUCCCGUCGACUGCUCCUGAACUGAUGAAGCUCCCCGGCGUCGGUCCGAAGAUGGCGUUUCUAUGUAUGAGCGCGGCGUGGGGCAAGCACGAAGGCAUUGGCGUUGAUGUUCACGUUCAUCGCAUUACCAAUCUCUGGGGCUGGCACAAGACAAAGAAUCCGGAGGAAACUCGCAUGGCGCUGGAAUCGUGGCUACCGAAAGACAAAUGGCACGAGAUUAACAAACUGCUGGUCGGCUUAGGACAGACAGUCUGCUUACCUGUAGCUCGGAGAUGUGGCGAAUGCGAUCUUGCAGGAACCAAGCUCUUAACACCAAAGCGAGACGCUGUGAAGCAGGAGGGGCCAAAGGUGAAGGUCGAGCAGGAGAUGGAGGUCUCAAAGAAGGGCCCUACACUGUUCGAUUUGCCAGAAAAUAUCAGAAAUAGAAUCUUCGACUUCGCUGCCCUGCGUCGUUCUUGUAUCAUCGACUUUACCCUGGAGCGGGACCGCAUCAAGCGAGACCCGCCUUAUUGUCAUAGAACCGAAUUUCGAGCGCAUCGCAGCCCUUGGCUUCCGCUCAGCCGCUGCUACCAUCCAAAGCUGCCGACACAGGUGUUCCUGUCGUGUCACACCCUGCGCCGGGAGGCCGGUGCCUAUUUUUUCUCCCAUAAUCGCUUCAGCAUGUUUCUUCGCGGCCGGGCCGACUAUAAAAACUUUGAAGCAUCAUUGCAAUGGGGCAUGGAACAUAUUCGGUACUUGCAUGUGGAUCUCGGUCAUAAGGACAACCGAACGCUCAAGCUGGCGGGUGGUUCCCACCAAACAUUGUUGACGUGGUGGGCGGCGUUCUGCAAGCUCGCGGCAAUCGACAUGCCGAAUCUCAGAUACUUCAGCCUCAAAUGCAAAGCCUAUGAGCAGGAAGUGGUUGUUCGUGUGAUGCGUGAUAUGGAUCCGUUUCCCAGCCUGUUCAAGUGUGCCUUCUAUUUCAGCAAUGAUCAGGAUAAGAUCUAUAGUUUCCUGCCUGCGAUGAAGCGCACGGCGCGCCGCCUGACGGACAAUCUUGAUGUGCCGCCGUUUCCGUUCAUGUAUCUGCCCCGGGAACUUCAGCUGAUGGUGCUCGGGCACCUGCUCAUCUGUCGGUCCGAUCCGUGCAUGGCCGAUCCUGUUCCGGGCCUGAUCGUCUUGGAUUACCGCGACCGUCUGCGCUUCAAAUCUUGCUGUGGCACCUGCUCGCCGGUUGGAGGCAUUUGCUUCUGUGAUAAGACCGAGACGGUAUUUUCGACGGGCUGCACCUGCUUCGCCUCGCCAUUGCGCUAUUUCCUGGUUAGUCGGGAGUUCCAUGAGCUCGCUCGUCAGGUCUUCUGGGGCCGCAACAAGUUUAUGUUCGUGGAGGAGGAUCCGACCUACACCAUGGGCUUUCUGAGUGGCAUUCCCACGGAAUCCACGAUUCUGGUGCAGAACUUGACUUUCCACUUUCCCUUGUGCUUUCGGGCCACCCCGCAGACGGGGGCCCGUUCCGCGGACGCGAAUUUGCGGCACUGGGCAGUUCUGCGCCGUUUCAUCCGGGAGCACUUUGAUCUAGCGCGCCUAACCCUGAAGAUCCAUGACCAGGGCCGGGCCACGUCGAUGUACACGAUGGACAACCGCAAGAGAUAUUUGCGCCGGCUGCUUAUGGCGUUUACCGACAUGAGAGGGCUGCGAGGGUACCGGGUGUAUCUGCGAGAUGACCGCGGGUUCGAGAGACAGGCCGUGAUGGCUGUCAUGGGGCGAUGGGCUCCUUGA